AUGGGUUGCCCAUGCUUCAAAUCUGAAGAAUCUUCUGAGCAAGUCUCCUUAAUCCAAAAAGAAUCACCUUCACUCAGCAGGGAAUCAACCAGCGUUUCUGACUUAAAACUCUCCCCAGAUGACUUCCAAAUGGUCAAGAUGCUCGGUAAAGGCUCAUUUGGGAAAGUAAUUUUAGUCCUUAAAAAAGGCACAGAAAAGUAUUACGCAAUGAAAGUUUUAAAGAAAAGUGUUAUAAAAGAAAAAGACCAAAUUUCCCAUACUUUAAAUGAGAGAAUGAUCUUGGAGGAUGUAAGAUGCCCUUUUAUAGUGCCAUUACGAUUUUCUUUUCAAACUGACGAAAAAUUAUGUCCAUUUAUAUAUGAAUUUUCUCAAUUUUUAAAUAAAUAUUUUUUUAAAAAAUUCAAGUAAAAGGCUAUACAUGGUCAUGGAAUACAUGAGCGGAGGAGAACUUUUCUUCCACCUAAAAAAAUCUGGAAGAUUUACUGAAGCACGUGCACGCUUUUAUGCAGCUGAAAUAAUUUUAGCAUUAGAAUGCCUGCAUAGUAAAGGAAUUGUAUAUCGAGAUCUUAAGCCAGAAAAUGUGCUUCUUGGUUUAGAUGGGCAUAUAAAGCUCACUGAUUUUGGGCUCAGCAAAAUGGGCUUAUCGCUCGAAAACCCAAAGACUUAUACAUGCUGUGGGACUCCUGAGUAUUUGGCUCCUGAAAUAAUCAAAAAUGAAGGACAUGGGCAAGCAGUAGAUUUUUGGGGUUUGGGUGUUUUAUUAUAUGAAAUGAUUUCAGGGACGGCUCCUUUCUGGGCGAAAACAAGAGAUGAAAUGUAUCAUAAUGUGCUUCAUAAUGAAGUUGACAUGAAGUUAUACUUUUCUAACUCCAUUGGUGAAUGCACAUAAAAAAUGAAAAUUUUACCGAUAUUUUAUUCCAAUUUAAAGUUUUAAUUUAAUAAAUUUUAUAGGUAAAAUAAUAAAUUGUAUAAGACUCUUAAUUUAAUUUGAAUUUAAGUUGGAGAGGAUUUUUUUAUUCAAUUUAAAAAGGAGAGAGUAAGGCAGCUAAAGAUUUAUUAUCAAAACUGUUACAAGUUGACGUAAUUUUUAUUUAGCCUAAUAAAAGGUUGGCAAAUUUCAAGGAAAUUAAAGAGCAUGCAUUUUUCAAAGGUAUUGAUUGGGAUGCCUAUAUGAGAAAAAGUGUAAAUGCGCCUUUUAAGCCGAGAAUAGCAAAUUCUGUGGAUUUAAGAAAUUUUGAUGCUCAGUUCACAAAUGAGCCUGCAGGUGAUUCACUUGAAACUAAAGGUGUCAUUGAAGGGCAUAAAUUUCCUGGGUUUACAUAUACAGAUCCUAAUUAUUUAGCAUAG